AUGCUAGCUGUUAGUAUUGUGAUAUGUUAUUUAUUCUACUUCUGUAAUUGUGGAACGCUACCAGCUUCACAAAUAGCUGAAAAAACACUAGUAACAACAUUAUUAAAUGGAUAUGAUAAAACUAUACGGCCAGAUGAUCAAGUAUCUGUCGAUAUUACUGCUGCACUACAACAAAUUGUGUCUAUAGAUGAAAAACAACAAAUAAUGACAUCAAGUUCAUUUAUUUCACAAACAUGGCUUGAUGGACGAUUAUCAUGGGCACCAAAUGCUUCAAGUAAUAUUGAAGUACUUAUGCUACCAGCGAAAAGUUUAUGGAUACCAGAUACAAUGAUAUUGAAUUCAGCAGAUACAAGUGGUUAUCUCACAGUAAGUGAAUAUAAUUUAGCAUCGAUUGAUUAUAGAGGUCAAGUAUAUCUGAUAUUACCAGCAUUAACAAUAAAAACAAGAUGUAACUUUUUCGUUCAACAAUUUCCAUUUGAUAAACAGAUGUGUAGUAUCAAUUUAACAUCAUGGAGUCAAGGAUCCAAUAGAAUCAUAUAUACAGACAAUGCAAGUUUAGUAAUUGAUAUUAGUGGGUAUAGUGAACAUCCUCUAUGGAAAUUAAAGGGAACCGAUUUGAUUGUCAUUCAUGCAUCAGAUAGAGUACCAUUUGAAAAUACUUAUAAUGAUGUAAUAUCAAUACAAUUAUAUUUACAAAGAAAACCAACAUUUUUUAUUCUGAAUGGUAUAUUUGCAUGUUUAAUUUUAAAUUGUGUUACUUUGUUAUCAUUUACAUUACCUUUUGGAUCCCAAAUUGGUCUCUGUAAGAAUAUUUUCUUUUCUUAA